AUGGAAACAGCUUGUCUCUCGGCCCACCGAGGGCUGACCCGUCCUGAGGCCAAACAAACCCUCACCUCAGCGGCGAAACUAUCUAGGGGUGACCUGUCCCCUCCAUCGCUACCUGCCGGUCAUUCAAUGGCAGAGACACCGGCAGCUAGCGAUGGCAGCAGGAGAAAUUCAGGCUUCAAGAAACACCACCACAAGCAUAACCUGAAACACCGCUACGAAUUGCUCGAGACUCUCGGAAGAGGGACCUAUGGCAAAGUCAAGAAGGCAAUUGAACGACACUCCGGCAGAGAGGUGAGACACUUAUUUAUGCAUAGGGGUUUUAAACACUCUUUACGCAUAGGGGUUUCAAGAACCCUGUAUGCCUGAGACAUCUGUAAAAGUUCUUCUUGCGUUUACACAGGCAGCCAAUUCUGGUCUUUUGACCAAUCAGAUCAAGAAAAUAUCUGAUAAAAAUACCAAUUAUUGGAAAAAAUAUCAGAAUUUGGCUGGCUAUGUAAUUUAAGCCUACAGACUUGAGACGCCCAAUCCUGAGACAUAGCUACAACAAAGAGGCCCCAAAUAGCUUCUUUGCUGAGCUCUAGGCAUGUGCAUCUUUUUUUCCCUCUGGGAAUUCCCCCGUGCUCAUAAGGCCCUAGAGGCCCUGGGAAUGUCUUUAGCACGCGCUGUCCUCAAUGAUACACAUCAUUGAAACAGGCCAACACUCCUCCAAGAUACUUCAGCCUACUCACACUGAAUGGGCUGGAAUGUGCCAUUUAUUGCUGGAAGGUUAAGAGGCAAACUCAAACUUGAGAGCUGGCCUAGAAUAACACCUAUUUUUGAUGUUGUUGAAAUAAUUUAACUGCAUGUUAAAAUAAUAAUUGCCUGAAUGACUGUGUCCCUUUUACCAAUGUCCCUCAACUGUUUUGUUUUUGUUUGUGUCUUGGUGUUGUUUUGGUCAACAAGUUCCUCGAGUUUCUCAAUGACUUGGAGGACUGCAGCAUGUCAUUGAAUGCUCACCAUCUGCCCUCAUGCACCAUAUUUGGAGACCCAUGUACCUCACCUCUUCAGAUAUUUCUAUGUGCUGCAGAAUUUUACCCAUGGUCCCCUUUUGGCAGAACGAGAGGAAAUUUCCUUACGUGUGUUCAGAUUCAGAAUGCCAGGGGGGAAACUCAGUCGGGUCAACAUGUCCCUCUGUGUUCCAUAGCUCCUGGCACAUGCAUGCUUGGCACCAUAAACCCAUAGCUCAAAUAGCUCCCUCACAUGGCCUGCCUGGCAGGUGCCACUGCUUUAUGGCAUCAAUGCCUUAUAGCAAGUUUUCCAACUCAUUAAACAGCUUGGUUCAAGUGAAAAUCAGGGUCUGUUUGGGUCUGUUUUUAAAAGCCUAGUCACAUUUGGUGAUAUUUUUAAGGCUAUUGUGUUAUAUCCCAUUAAUAACCACAGUUUUACCACUUAGUAUGUCAUUGCCAUCUCCACAUGCCCUGACAUCAUUCUAGAGAUUUAUGGAGUGAUGGUAGUGCCUGAUCAAAAUAAUGUAUGCACUAACUGUAAGUCGCUCUGGAUAAGAGCGUCUGCUAAAUGAUUAAAAUGUCAAUGUAUCAGUGAGCCUGGCCUGGCUUUGUUCUUCAGCCUUUAAUGAUUCCACUUCAAAUAGCAGGCAGCAGAGCUGACCCUGGAACCCUAGGUGGUAGCUAAUUAUAAAUCAACCUGAACAGUUGCCAUUGAAUGUGUCACAACAUUAUUACCAGUACAAGUGGCCAUGGGCCCUUUGUAAAUUAACACUUGAGUACAUUCAGUUCAGAGGCACCCAAACAGAGAUAGAGAGGGUGUGCAGACUGUGGCCCCAGGGCACGUGUGUCUGGCAUGGUGCUGUGAGAGUGUACACGACCCCUGACCUAAAGAGCCCCUAGUGUCCAUAUGAUAGAGAUAGCAACAGGGUGAGAGACUGUUAUGGAAUCCCUCUGCUGGCCCUGCCUGUAUUACUUUCCCUGGCGUGCCCCGGCUUCCUUUGCAGCUAAUGAGAAGAGCAGAAGGGCAAAGAGAUUGAGAAGAGACUGAUGACGUGUGUGUGGGACUAUCACUGAAGAGAGAUUGAUUAGAUGUCGGGGUGCAUGAGUGCAUGUGUUAAAGUUUGACAGCCUGUAGACAUAGAAUCUGCACAACCUUCUGUUGUGUUUGUCGGCUGCUCACUUUGGAUGGCAAGUCGGUUUAUCUGUGUCCUCAUACUGUAUGUGUGGCUUGAUUUGACUACUGUAUGUGUGGUUUGAUUUGAUUACUGUAUGUGUGGCUUGAUUUGACUACUGUAUGUGUGGUUUGAUUUGACUACUGUAUGUGUGGUUUGAUUUGACUACUGUAUAUGUGGUUUUAUAUCACUACUGUAUAUGUGGUUUGAUUUGACUACUGUAUGUGUGGUUUGAUUUGACUACUGUAUAUGUGGUUUUAUAUCACUACUGUAUGUGUGGUUUGAUUUGACUACUGUAUGUGUGGUUUGAUUUGACUACUGUAUGUGUGGUUUGAUUUGACUACUGUAUGUGUGGUUUGAUUUGACUACUGUAUGUGUAGUUUGAUUUGACUACUGUAUGUGUGGUUUGAUUUGACUACUGUAUGUGUGGUUUGAUUUGACUACUGUAUGUGUAGUUUGAUUUGACUACUGUAUGUGUAGUUUGAUUUGACGACUGUAUGUGUGGUUUGAUUUGACUACUGUAUGUGUGGUUUGAUUUGACUACUGUAUGUGUAGUUUGAUUUGACUACUGUAUGUGUGGUUUGAUUCUAACUCUUGCACGUGUGGUUGUUAUGCUGUAGAUGUUGCCAGGACAGAAGGGUGUGUGUAGGCGCGUGUGUGUGCUUACAUGCGUAGGCCUCCUGUAGCUCAGUUGGUAGAGCAUGGCACUUGCAACGCCAGGGUUGUGGGUUCAAUUCCCACGGGGGGCCAGUAUGAAAAAUGUAUGCACUCACUAACUGUAAGUCGCUCUGGAUAAGAGCGUCUGUUAAAUGACUAAAAUGUGUGUGUGAGGGAGGAGAUGCCUUGGUUGUGGUGACAGCAGGGCCCAGAGUGGGCAUUGACACAUGAAAGGCCAUCCCCAGCAGGAAAUGAGACACGAAUGGAAAGUUAAUAUCCUGUGUGGGGGUCCAAAGCAGAGGGAGGGAUGAGAAGGUAGGAGGAGGGGAGCAGUUUAAAGACAGGGAAACCCACCAUAAUGGGAAUGGUGGGCUUCACUUAAGGGGUUAGAAAGUCACAUUCAUAUGAGUUUAAAGCACUAGAUUACCUCACCCCCAAACAAUGGAUUCACUGGGGAUUAACUGGGAGGAGAAAAUUACUGAGAUUCACUGUUAUGGGCUGUAGUUGUGCAGUUAUCAGCAGUUUUUCUUCUUCACUCUGGCUCUGUGGUAAACAGAUGGCUCAGCUCUCUCAAUCAAUAAUAGGGUCCUCCCUGCUAUUGUCAACUCCCCUGACACACACACACACACACACACAAAAUAUCUCUCUCUAUCCACACAAAUGAACAUGAUCUUAAGAGAGAAAGGGAACUUGUGAUGGAUACCUCAUCUAUUUUAAUGGGCUGAGAAACCGCAGGUCGUUGUCAGGCUCUAGUGGAGCGGAGCGUGGCCUCUCACAUCAAACACACUGCAGCAUACAGCCUGUAGAGGAGGACUAUACCUGGCACAGGGUGGCUGGGCCAGGCCGGUAGGGCAGCCAUCUGUGUGACUGACAGUAAUAGCACACCACUUAAAGACAAACGCAGGGCUGCAGUACUGUAGCCAGUCAGCCAGCUGGCAGGUGGAUGAUACACAGGCCUGCGUGUUUAAUGACCCCACCCACUACAGGGUCCCAGGGGGAUAAGAGACGAGCCUGGGGGGAUGGAUGGAUCUUUGUCUGCUCUCUGUAUUGUUGGAAGGCUGUCUCUCUAAUAGGUUGACAUAUUUCUUCUUAUUUCUUGUGUGUUUUUUCUAGUAUUACAUUGUUAUUGAUUAUUGCAUUGUUGGGUUUUGCGUUUGCAAGAAAGGCAUUUCACUGUACUCAUGCAUGUGAUAUUAAAAACUUGAAACGUACAGUAUAAUGAGGGUCAAAGGGCAGUAUCUAUUGAUACUGUACUAUCUGCAAUAAGGAAGUACAUGCUGUCCAGUCGUCCACAAAUCUCUCUAAAAAUUAAACCACACACACCACUUUACCCAUGACUUAGGGUCAUGUCAGUAAGACCAUUGUGUACUCCCUAAAAAAAUUAAUUCAGAAAUAAACCUUUGUGUAUUUAUACAUGACCAUCUCCAAGUAGAGUAUGUCCUGUAUUGUAUUUCUAUAGGAACUGAAAGAACACCCCUUAAAUUAAAAACAGCAAAAGUGAAAAACAGACCUGCAGUGUCCUGCUUCACAUAGAGACAGACUGGGGAUUUACGUUCCCUCUCAUGGUUUAGGAUUUGGCAUGAAGUGAAUACAGUACUAAUGCUGUUGAUAACCCCAUGAGGUAAUGGAACACACGAAACAGUGGAGGUACAACACUUAACCAAUAAAGACCAGUGACUAACUAAGACUUAAAGACUGCUACUCAGCGUGUGGAAACAAAACAGGGCCUUUACUUGUUCAUAUUUACAUCUUUCUUUUAAUUCUAUGUAAUCAAGUCGUUCUCUGGAUGAAGAAAGUUAUUCGGUUGGGUUAUUUUUAUGAAUUUACACAGUAAUUAGCUUGGCACACUGACUGUGUGGUUUCUACUGCUGCCUGGCCCUGGAGUAGAAUUGGCCUCCACUGUAAUUGACCUCUCUCUUAGUAAGGAAAGCUUUUGUCCUCCCUAUAGGCUAGCAAACAGAGACCGGCUGAAUGAAUACAGUAGUAAGGAUAGUCUAUGGGGCUCAAACAUGUAUGUUUAGCAUUAGGGGGAGUCUCUGUUGACUUGACAUUUUUUACUCUUAUCCAGAGCGACUUACAGGAGCAAUUAGGGUUAAGUGACUUGCUCAAGGGCACAUCGGCAGAUUUUUCACCUAGUCUGCUCUGGGAUUCAAACCAGCGACCUUUCGGUUACUGGCCCAACGCUCUUAACCACUAGGCUACCUGCCACCCUUGACCUUAGGCCUCUGGUUUGUAGUUUUUACAAUAGAUGUGGGUGUAGACCUACAUACUGUACGACAUGUGUAAGUGUUUGUGAGCAGGAUGGUGUAAAUCAACACGAUACGUUGGCCUGAAAAUGUGUUUGUUUGGCACUUGCAUCUACUGUAAUGUCUUCGCAGGCUUGUUAAGAAGGUUCAGCUCAUCAAUCCACACACACCGCCCCGAGCUGCAGUUGCCAUGGAAACCCACAGCACUGAAACACCCUAUUCUCCUUGAUGUUCUACCUAUGUCCAUUAGACCGGAGUCUGGCUAGGGGGAGUCGCCCCCGCCCCACUCCACACACAUCACAGACUAGAUAGACCAAGCCCCUAGCACUAGCUGUCUGUUAAUACCAGGGUGAACACUCAGUACAAAGGAGUCCUCCAUUACUGCACCACGUGCCACAUUGUUUUUUCGCCAAGAGCACCUUUAUUUUCUCCUCUUAAGAGACGGGGAAUUACACAGCAGGAGCCUCUGAUGACUGAGUCUCAGUGCCUCUCCUGUCUGGGUUGACUGGCUGAGUGGAGAGCAGAGGUCAGAGGUCACAAUGGGUGGGUCACUAUGGGGCUCUAGGAAGGAGGGUCAAAGAGUGUUCAUUUAGAUUAUGUUAUGUAAGACAUACUGUAUUUUGUGAAGGUCAACAGAGCAAACAUUCUGGCUGUCCAAAUGUCCCUGCUGAUGUACGUGCAACGAGCUGUCUGCAACGAGUGUUGUGGUUAUUGUUUUUUAACAUAGUUUGUGUGUGUCUGAGAGGCUGAUUAGGAGAACACUUCUAUAAACUAGCUUAUAAGGAGUUGGAGUGCUGCUCCCUCCUGAGUGUCCUCCCGAGUGGCGCAGUGGUCUAAGGCACUGCAUCGCAGUGCUAGCUGUGCCACUAGAGAUCCUGGUUCGAAUCCAGGCUCUGUCGUAGCUGGCUGUGACCGGGAGACCCAUGGGGCGGCGCACAAUUGGCCCAGGGUAGGGGAGGGAAUGGUCAGCAGGGAUGUAGCUCAGUUGGUAGAGCAUGGCAUUUGCAACGCCAGGGUUGUGGGUUCGAUUCCAGUAUGACAAAAAUAAAAAUGUAUGCACUCACUAACUGUAAGUCGCUCUGGAUAAGAGCAUCUGCUAAAUGACUAAAAUGUAUAUGCUGUGUGGGUGAAUUGACUCUUGGUUUGACCUGUGUUGAUUUAUCAUCACAAUCUGUUAGUGAGUUUGAUUGACCUGCCCACUCCACUGGUCAUUUUCUCAUGAUUUUACACAUUAGUCCACGUCAACUGACCAGAACACGUGUCUGUCCUCUGUGUCCUCAGGUGGCUAUCAAGUCCAUCCGGAAGGAGAAGAUCAAGGAUGAGCAGGACAUGGUUCACAUCCGCAGGGAGAUAGAGAUCAUGUCGUCCCUAAAACACCCCCACAUCAUCUCUAUUUAUGAAGGUGGGUGUCUGUCUAUACACACACAUAGCACUUGAUCUCUUCCUUCCUCCUGCCUGGUGCUGCUGUAAGACUGUCAUGUUAUGACAAGCAGAUGUCAUCAUCCGAUCUGGACCUCGGUUUUGGGAUGUUAUUCAUCUUUUCUUCUCUGUCUGAGCCCAGUGAGUAGAUCCAGUGUGUGUGUGUGUGUGUGUGUGUGUGUGUGUAUGACUGCAAGUGUGUGUGUGUGUGGGUGUCUUUCAGAGAGUGUGUGUAUACGUGCGUGCACGUGUGUGUGUCAGGGGGGUGUCCGUGAGGUUUGCCUCUCUCUCCCACAUCUGAGAGGUCUCCUCUUGUGUCUUCCGUGGUCUCAGGGCCAUACAUCUGUUAGUACUUGGAGAGAUCUCCAGCUGGGAGCCAGACUGAGACUGAGGAUAGUAGAAGGAGGGAGAGCGGGAGAGAGAGGAGGCUAACCCUGAGCCUGACUCCACAGAUAUGCACAGGGAGGAGAGGCCCUAAGCUCACGCAAAGCUACAUCCAUAUACAGUAUAUCUGUCCCACAACCCUCCAACAGACAAAGGCUUCACUCAUAUCUUGUGUUGCAUAUUUGCUCUUUUGGCUUGACCCCACACCUCCGUUUGAGAGGGGAAUUGUGAUUUACAGAGAAUGUUGAUGCAGGUGGUAUUAUCUUACAUUUUCCAAUCCAAGUUUGAACCACAAAUGAACCGCCAUUUCAAAGGGCAGUUAAACUAUGAGUCACAUCAGACUCAUUCCUAAUGCCUAUUUCUGUUGUGCCACAUUGUUUAACAACACUGCCCAAACCGGUUGACUAUGACUGCUUUGAUUGGGUUCAAAGUCUGCUAAACUUCAUCGACCCACGUGUUGGUGACGAACAGUCAAACAGUGACAUUUGUCAUGGGAACAACAGUGAGUGUUGUGGUUAUUGUUUUUUAACAUAGUUUGUGUGUGUCUGAGAGGCUGAUUAGGAGAACACUUCUAUAAACUAGCUUAUAAGGAGUUGGAGUGCUGCUCCCUCCUAUGUGUGUGCCAUGUACUCAGACCCACUGUCUGCUACCAACCCUUGCCAGUCAUUUCUUUGGAGAGGUUGCCUGGUUUCUGGUGUUUCUCUUGUUUACUGUUGUGGGCUGGCGCCCGCCCAGAAUAGCGUUGCAAAUGUAUAGACACAUAUGUGUAUCCGGCAACACCCGUGUCAACAACUAACUGCCUGUGUGAAACAAAGCUGAAACAGAUGUGCAGCGUUGAUUAAUUUUUUGAAAAUAAUGCCUGCGAGCAUUUAAAGCACAUUUGCUUGUCACUUCCAGCAUAAUUCAUAACCUCAUAACUCGAUUUUAAAGGAACAAUUUCCAGAGAAGUCUUCCUGAAGCAGUCAAUAUGGUCCAUUCCAUUGAAAUAGUAUUCACAACGGCUAUUUGUGUAUUGUUUUGUGUAAUGCCAUUGUUCCCCAGCAAACUUAAAGGCUACAAAACGAGCCUGACAAGGACCUCCCUCUGGUUUAGAAAAGAGAGGAUUUUAAGAAGAUUUCUCCGACUCAUUCUCUGGUUUGAAUGGAAAAAGCACUGCAUUAUCAGUACUGUGCAUUACCCUCCUUGUAAAAUAUAAGACAAAGAACUAAAUGUUCAUGUUAAAGGCCUCACUUCAGACAACACACAUUUAAACACACAAGGUAAAUGUUCUUUGUAACUUCCUUGUCCUCUAACUCAGCUGAGGUAGCGAUUUAGCUUAACUCUCAUGUUAACAGCUCAGAGGCCUAGCCCUAGCUGGCCAAGCAAAGUCCAGGGCAGUGGGACAAUAGGUGCUAAUUAGUGUGAUCUGAGACCUGCUGGCCGUGGAACAAAGAAAGAAUGAGUGACUGACGGAGGGGCAGCUAGCUAGCGGGACCCAGCCCAGCGGGCCGUGGAUAACACGCCUCCGUUAUGUAAACCAGGUAAUUAUCCCAUUGAAUCAUGGGGGGCUGGCUCUCAAACGGACCCCUGCCACGGCUCGCCGGAAGGGUCGUCCCGGGUCGAGGCUUUGUCAGCCAAUCAGAUCCGACCCCCAGGACAGCUGGCCCGCUUCCCGUGCUGCCUGCCCUGUCCGGCGGAACAGUCACAAUCAGGGAGGGUUACCAUCAAUCAGCAUCAACAUGUUUUUACCAUAGGAUUAUUCUCUUGACGGGAGGGUGAAGGAGAGGGGAGGGGUGGGCCUGUGAAGGUGCUCGCUCAUGGGUGCAGAGAGCGGUGACUAGGCCUCCACCCCUGGAGCCCCUGCUGUGUGGGAAAAUACACUGGCAGUUCUCAUCCCUCACAUGGUGCACUGCUGUUGGCACGGCAACAUGCCCUGGCUGUAGGCGUAAUGAUACAUGGGAGGCUAGAUAGAUAGUGGUGGAACAGGUUGUCCUGUGUCUAGUCUGUAGGGCGUUGAGGCUUCCUAUCUCUUCUCCAUGUGAAUAGGGCUUAGUGUGGGGGCUUGGAAUGUGGGAGAGAGUGGUGAAAGUUAGUGACAUGAUGAGAAGUUGAUGAUUUACUGUCCAGGUCAGGGCAAGAAGACACUAUGGACCUUUGGUUAACUAGGCCCCCUCCUGUAUUUAUCUUCUAUUUAACCUCUUUCCUUCGCUUCCUCUCCUCUCCUCUCCUCUCCUCUCCUCUCCUCUCCUCUCCUCUCCUCUCCUCUCCUCUCCUCUCCUCUCCUCUCCUCUCCUCUCCUCUCCUCUCCUCUCCUCUCCUCUCCUCUCCUCUCCUCUCCUCUCCUCUCCUCUCCUCUCCUCUCAUGUCCUCUUCUCUCCUCUCUUCUCCUCUCAUGUCCUCUCCUCUCUUCUCCUCUCCUCCCAUGUCCUCUCAUGUCCUCUCCUCUCUUCUCCUCUCCUCCCAUGUCCUCUCAUGUCCUCUCCUCUCCAAGGGGUUUGGCUGAUUACUAAAACACCCCCUCCCUCCCAGCAGUGUUGUUAAGACUCAAGCCAGACACAUGAGGUGGGGUUGGUAGUGAUGUAAUGUAAUCGUAUGAGCAGUGCCGAGAUGCAACGUGUUCUGGAGUUUGAACACAGCCAGUUUGCUCUGAAUCUGGUAGGGGUUCUCAUUUAGAUGAUAUUCAACAUAAUACUGUCCACUGAAACGAUGAAGUUAGUUGUUUUUCCGCAAAUGUUUUUGUGAUGAAAUCUCUGCUUUGAAACAGAUGGUAUCUGUCUGUGUGUCCAUGCUGACUGUGUCCAUUCUACUUCUUCUGUCUCCUCCAGUGUUUGAGAACAAGGACAAGAUCGUGAUUGUGAUGGAGUACGCCAGUAAGGGUGAGCUGUACGACUAUAUCAGUGAGCGCCGGCGCCUGAGCGAGAGAGAGACACGACACUUCUUUAGACAGAUAGUCUCUGCCGUGCACCACUGUCACAAGGUAAGAUUCUGCAGAGCAACACACACACAUUUCUGCAAAUCAGAUGCAGGGCGAAAUAUCAGAACCUUGUGAAUAUAACCGUAUAUAUCCCUCACGUUGUCAAGCAGUAUGAGCUAUGCUUUUCUUGGCAUCUUGGUGUUAGGGAGGACAGAUUUAACGCAAGCCAGUGUUGCCCAUAGUGCACUGAGCAGUCCCAGUCUCGGCUCUGGUUCCCUGGGCCCUCAUCUGUUGUCAUGUCUCCAUGUCCCUGGAUCACCCAAUAGCUCCCCCAGGACACCCCAUUAUCUCCACCCCCCCAUAGAAUGGAUCCUAGCCCACACCCUCUCCUCCACUCCCCUCAUUCAACCAUGGUCCUCCAGAGAGGGUGGAUGUUUGACUGGGCUCCCCCCUAGUCAUCAUCUCUACAGCUGGGAUAGGAUGAUGUCAUCUCCCCAGCAUAGAUAGGGGGAGCCCCACAAUCACAGUGUAUUGGGAUGAGUCACUAGAGGCAACCGCACUUGGGGGUGGAGUAGCAUGGUGUAGGGUGGGGUGAUAUAGUGUGGUUGACUGACACAGGAAGGAGGUGUACUGUGAGAGGGCUGAUUAGAGCCACCUCCCCCCUCUCCAGAAGCAUGUGAACAAGUGUUCCCUGUCACUGCUAACCAACUGAAGACACACAGCACAAAACAGAACCCAGCCACAGCUGUAAUGAAGUCACCCCAUCACUUCCAGAUCUGAAAUGGCUGCAUGUGUUUCCUGUCCCUGUGUGUACCACAUGUUAAUGCCUGCCUUGAAAGGGCCACUAACUACAUAGUUGCUAUUUAAUCCGGGGCUGUUGUGAGAACAUGAUUUAUCUGAGUCCAUAAUUACAGGCUCUUUUUUUAUUGUGACACGUUAGAGGGAAAAUCACUGCAGAUGUCAACACAAAGACGAUAGAGUGUGAGGCAGGGAAUUUAAACAGUACUAGACCAAUUGGCCCACUCUGACUAUAUCCCCUGAGAGCAACACUGGAGUUUGGUCUCUGUAAAUCACCACACCAUCAGCAAGCCGAGCGAACUGCAAACAAAUGGCCCUCUACUGUACCAACCUAGAACCAACUAAUGGACUGUUUGUUUUACAGAAUGGGGUGGUGCACAGGGAUCUGAAACUGGAAAAUGUGCUACUGGAUGAAAACUGUAACAUUAAGGUAAGAAAGAGUCAUUUUUAAUAAACUCUACAGACCUUGCUUUUGUAACCUUGUAACAGAGUCUGUAAAUGUUUAACAGAGUCUGUAACUUUGAAUAGAGUUUAGAUAUGCCGGUGCUUGAAGGGUUUCUGUCACCUUGUCAGUACCAUGAUACUUUUAAUGACCUUUGUUAUGUCACCUUGUCAGUGCCAUGAGACUUUUAAUGACCUUUGUUAUGUCACCUUGUCAGUGCCAUGAGACUUUUAAUGACCUUUGUUAUGAUGUUUUACCAAACCACUAUGUUCUUCUGUCUCCGUCUCCCCACCAGAUUGCUGACUUUGGGCUGUCCAACCUCUACCAUAAGGAAAAACUGCUGCAGACGUUUUGUGGUAGCCCUCUCUACGCAUCACCGGAGAUAGUCAACGGAAGACCCUACCACGGCCCAGAGGUAGGCACUAGGCAGGCACCACACAGGUCAGAGGUCACAGACGGACACAAUGAGACAGACUGGUUUUCUUUUGUCCCUGGGAGAAGUUAUUACUAAUCUCCAGGACCUGGCACUGUGGGGUGGGAGUCCCAGAGCUAAUAGAGAGAUAGUGGUGUAGGGAGGAAGAGAGAGAGAGAGGGAGGGAGAGAGAGAGUGGUGGAGGGAAGGAGGGAGGGCGGGAGAGAGGGAGGGGGAGAGAAAGUGAAGGAGGGAGGGUGGGUGGAGGCAUUAGGUCUCCUCUUUGAUGGGAUUACUCCCCAGUCAGUUACUAUUCCCAGCAACUCUCACAUCCUCAGUGGGAGGCCUCAGAUGGUGUCUCAGCUCCCUUUGAAGACUUUAAACUUCCGGACUUUAGGAGUUACACAGACAGGCCCAGGAACUUCACUGCCAAGGAUGGGUGGGACUGAGAAGUUGUUUAGUUGAGAAAAAGGGAGAGAGAGUAACAAAAUAGCCCCAAACGAUUUAUUGACUAAUUCCAAGGUAAUUGUUCUUCAGGGCGUUUUCCGAAUUGCAAGAAGAGUUGUGCGUUAUAAAAAGUCCAACCAUUCAAUUUUGUAUAAUUCACUGUGCAAAAAACCCCCACAGAGAUUGCAAAUUAAAAUGACAGAACCCAGUUGCGGAAAAUCCACAAAUUACAGCUAACACUGGAAACAAAAACAGAACACAACAAUGGCACUCGCCCCGUCUCACCCUCCCAGCGGCCCUGCCAGCCGACCAAUUACGGAGGAGAGGUCUCAGUCAGUUAACCAAUGAAAGAGCGGUUCCAGGGUGAGACAUUCCUGGCUUUGGCCCUAGGGGAAGUCCAGUCAGUGUGGGGCUGCCGGGGCAGCCCUAUCUAAUUUCCUGUGCCCUGACAGUCAGUCCCUGACAGCCAGUCCCAGACCUCAGUCCCAGCGCUGGGCUGGCUAUACCCCCCUGGCCAUCAACAGCCACAUUCCUCCAGGAGUCUUGUCCUUCCCUUCCAAAGGCUGACAUCUGGCUAAUCAGUGGCUGGCAGUGUGUCUCCUGAGAUCUGUCAGGGCCAGGAUAUCACAGCUCUGCCAUCUCUGCUAGACUCAUUACCCACCCUCCGUCCCCCUCUCUGUCCCCCCUCCUGCACCCUCCAUGCCCCAGACACUGGUCUUACAUAACCCAUUUACUAAGAAAGCCACAUUGCAUUAGGUUAGUGGACAGAAAGUAAGACAGAGGGAGAAAUGGGAACAAACUGGCACAAUCCCGACUCCACACUAGUGUUUAUCACUGUUUCUAUGGCUGAGAGGAUGGAGAUGGAAAGUGGGGCCAAGAGCAAUAUGGUAUAGCUGUGCGGUGCUUACAGUGUUUCAGCUGUCGCUACACCAUAGUUACGUCGUUCCAGUUCAGAUACAGUAUGCUCCUUGUUAAUGUUUUGAUAAUCUGUUGCUAACCCAGUAAUGGCAUUGAGCCUCAUUUAUCAGUUACUGGAAAUUGGAAAAGGGAAAUGUGAGAUUCCUAUCCUUUUCAACUGCGUCUCCAGUGACUGAUUUAACUGACUAAUCUCUCACAUUCAGUCUAUCUGAUCCUGAUCCUGAUCUGUGUAGCGACCUAUGUAUUGACACGUGUGUGUGUUGCUAUAGGUGGACAGCUGGGCUCUGGGGGUGCUGCUGUACACCCUGGUCUAUGGGACCAUGCCGUUCGAUGGAGGAGACCACAAGAACCUCAUCCGCCAGAUAAGCAAUGGAGAUUACAGAGAGCCCACCCAGUCCUCAGGUGCAGAACAAGACCCUCAAAUCAAAUCAAAUCAAAUACAAUAUAAUUGUAUUUGUCACAUGCGCCGAAUACAACAGGUGUAGACCUUACCGUGAAAUGCUUACUUACAAGCCCUUAACCAACAAUGCAGUUCAAGAAAGAGUUAAGAAAAUAUUUACUAAAUAAACUAAGGUAAAAAUUGUAAAAAAGUAACACAAUAAAAUAACAAUAACGAGGCUAUAUACAGGGGGUACCGGUACCGAGUCAAUGUGUGGGGGUACAGGAAAUUCAAGGUAAUUUGUACAUGUAGGUAGGGGUAAAGUGACUCAACCUACACAGUCUAAGAUCUAGUUUCCCUCUAUCCACACACCCUCUACGCUUAGAAAAAAGGGUUCCAAAAGGGUUCUAUGGCUGUCCCCAUAGGAUAACCCUUUUUGGUUCCAUGUAGAACCCUCUGUGGAAAGUGGUUUACCUGGAACCAAAAGGGUUCUUCAAAGGGAUCUCCUAUGGGGACAACCGAAGAAACCUUUUAGGUUCUAGAUAGCACCUUUUUUUGUAAGAUUGUAUACACUGUCUAAGUCAGGGAUGAGCAACUGGCGGCCUGCGGCCCCCCUUUUGAAGGCCCUCUCAUCAACCCCCCCCCCACAAAAAAUAAAUAACUCAGUCGGGGUCUCAACUUACUGUUGCGAGUUAGAAUAGUAGAAUACACAAGGUGCAAUUUAGAAAUUUGGUUGUGCAUCAGCAGUUUUUUUCUUGUUAUGUCAGUCACUGAUAGUCAGUCAAUUAGCCCAUGUCAGCAAAAAUUUGUUAGAUUGCUAAAUUAGUUUAGCAGCCAGAUAUCUAAACUUGUAAUCAUGGUCAAAUUACCGGCCGGUAAUUGAUUUUGUUAGUCAGUCUCACUCAGAUAUCAUAUUAAAAACUACAAACAUUUCUCUCCACCCCAUGGCAAAAUGUGUAGAAUUGCAUGAAAUAAGUUAUACAAUUGCUAAAUCUGCUUUCUGCCCCAUGGCAAAAUGUGUAGCAUUACAGCAAACUUGCUUUAAAACUGCAACAUUUUCUCUACACCACAUGACAAAAUGUGUACAAUUUCACAAAAUGUGCUCUAAAACUUACAGUACAUUGCUCUCCGCUGUCAAGAGGGGGGCCACUAAAAUGUUUUGCUCACAAUGUGGCCCUUCAGAUUUUUUGUGGCCCCCACCCCCAUCAAAUUUGACCAUUCCCGACUAAGUAGAACUAUUAUUAGAUAAUGAAUGCUCUGUAGCAAAAGAAAACACUGAAAUGUAACCCGAUCAUACAUGCCCCCUGUUGUGCUCAUAAACAGAAUGUUAAUCUCUGCUCCCCUCCUGUUUCCCUUCCCAGAUGCCCGCGGUCUGAUCCGCUGGAUGUUGAUGGUGAACCCAGAGCGGCGGGCCACGGUGGAAGACAUCGCCAACCACUGGUGGGUCAACUGGGGCUGUAAGAGCAGCGUGUGCGACUGUGAGACACAACGGGACAACGGCACCUCCUCUCCCAUGCUGGCCCGCUUCAUCGACUGGCAGAACCGCACCGAGCCCCGGCCGGGAAAACCCACCACCCUGCUGCCCCUGGUCCUCCGCCAGCGUCCCAAGAAGUCCAAGAAGGAGAAUGAAGUGGGGGAUGGGCCCCACGGUGGAGUGGAGGGGGACAAGCCAGGGCUGAAGAGGCCCAAGGGGAUUCUCAAGACCAGGGUGACGGAGGAGCAGCGCUCGCCCAGCCUGGAGGAGGUGGAGCUGGGGAGUGGUGGAGCGAUGAUGGGGCUCAGGCCAGCCGAGGGAGAAGCAGGCUGCUCUAGCCCCGACAGAGAGGAGGAAGAGGAGGAGCCUGCCCUGGCAGGGGGCUCGCCAGCUAAGAUGGUGCCCACCCUCCCCAAGAAGGGCAUCCUGAAGAACAACCAACAACGGGAAUCAGGGUACUACUCCUCCCCGGAGCGCAGCGAGUCCUCCGAGCUGCUAGGGGGCGCCACCAUGUCCCUGGUCACCGCCUGCAACUCCCCUCCUAGGAGAGUGGUGGGGAGGAAGGGCAUCUUGAAGCGCAAUGGGAAGUAUUCCACCUACAGCGGCCCUCCCUCAGCUGGUGCUCUCGGGGAGCCCUCCUCGGGGGGUGACUCAGGCCUGUCCCGUAGCCAGAGCCGUCCGUCCAGCAUGGUGUUGGAGGACGACGUCCUGUCCCCCAGUUUGUCCCCCGACUGGCCCCCCAUCGCCCCACACCGCCCCAACAUCAGGGCCUGCGUGUCAGCCGAGAACCUGCUGCAGCUGGCCAGCUUCAAGGGCUUCCAGGCGGCCCCUCCGCUCCAUGGGUCAAAGUUCAGCCGGACCCCCAGAGCGCUGGGGUCCCCAGGGGACAACGGCAGCUUCUCCCUGCUGGGGGACCUGGACGACAUGACUCAGGUGUACCAGCAAGCCCUGGACAUCAGCAGCAACCUCACCUAG